UGCGCGGCCGCCCGGCCCGGCGGGAGGCGGGGGGAUUUCCAAGCGCCGGCGGCUCGCCGCUUCCUCUCCUUGUUUUGCUUUCGAUCUGGACCUUUCGCAGCCGAGGCGGAGGGAGUAACUUUUAGUUUUGCUCCCGCGAUUAUUCAGCGCCUGUUUUCAUUUCCAUUUCGCGUCCCCUGGCAACGGCGGUAACCUUGAGGAAUUAUAUAAGUGCCGCGAAGACGCGCUGGAAAGAGAUGUUGUUGACGUACGGCUGCCAAAAAACCACUGCAUUUUAGCAUCAUUAUGGUCUGUGCUGUCCCAAGGCAGAAGGGUCUGGGAGUGCGUUCUGAAAACGUCAGGCUUUAUUUUCUUCAGCUCGUGGUCAUUGAAGAGCACAGGAUAAACAGAUCUUGGAAGCCACUCCUCCCUUCUCACAAGCCAAACUGCUCUUCUGCUUAGCGCUGAGGAAUUUGAAAAGGUGCAGGUGAUGGAUGUGAAGAUCAAAGGUGACAAGAAUAGCAGAGCAGAGAAGUUAAGAAUGAUGCAGAGAAUGCAGUUGUGAAGAACAAAGGAGAGAGGAAGGAGCUGAGCCUGGUGUAGUGGGGGAGAGAAGAAGCAGCCCAAAUCUCCUUCCAGCGCAGGUAACAAUGCCUGUCGAAAGAAUGCGGAUGCGCCCGUGGCUGGAAGAACAAAUAAAUUCUAACACAAUACCAGGGCUGAAAUGGCUAAAUAAGGAGAAGAAGAUUUUUCAAAUUCCCUGGAUGCAUGCUGCAAGACAUGGGUGGGAUGUUGAAAAAGAUGCUCCCUUAUUUAGAAACUGGGCAAUUCACACAGGAAAAUACCAGUCAGGAGUAGAUAAACCCGACCCAAAGACAUGGAAGGCAAACUUCCGGUGUGCUAUGAACUCUCUGCCUGAUAUAGAAGAAGUGAAGGACAAAAGUAUAAAGAAAGGAAACAAUGCCUUCAGGGUGUACCGGAUGCUGCCAUUAUCUGAAAGACCUUCCAAAAAAGGAAAAAAAACGAAGUCUGAGAAGGAUGACAAGUUCAAACAAAUUAAGCAAGAGCCAGUUGAAUCAUCUUUUGGGAUUAAUGGGCUAAAUGAUGUUACUUCUGACUAUUUCCUGUCCUCCAGUAUAAAAAAUGAAGUUGACAGUACAGUGAACAUUGUAGUUGUAGGACAGCCGCACCUUGAUGGCAGCAGCGAGGAGCAGGUGAUAGUUGCCAAUCCUCCAGAUGUUUGCCAGGUGGUAGAGGUGACAACAGAAAGUGAUGAACAGCCUCUCAGCAUGAGCCAGUUGUACCCCCUACAGAUCUCCCCUGUCUCAUCCUAUGCAGAAAGUGAAACGACCGACAGUGUUCCAAGCGAUGAAGAAAAUGCAGAGGGACGACUUCAUUGGCAGAAGAAAAACAUUGAAGGCAAACAAUAUCUCAGCAAUCUGGGAAUGCGGAACACUUCUCAUAUGCUUCCCAGCAUGGCUACUUUUGUAGCCAACAAGCCUGACCUCCAGGUCACCAUCAAAGAAGAAAGCUGCCCGCUGCCUUACAACAGCUCCUGGCCACCUUUCCCAGACAUCCCUCUGCCACAAGUAAUGUCCACAGCCUCCACUAGCAGCAGCCGGCCAGACCGCGAGACACGGGCUAGCGUCAUCAAGAAAACGUCAGACAUCACCCAGUCGAGAGUCAAGAGCUGCUAAGCUUUGACAGUGUGUUUUUUAGCUUUGUUUUGUUUGGUUUUGUAUUUUACGUUUCUCUAGGAGAGGUUCAUCCCUUGACGCACAUUAGACAAAUCUAAGGUAAAGAAAGCCUUGGCAAUAUAAAACAUUGCUGUGUCUGACUCCAGUGCCGGAGUGUUUUUAACUCAGGACUCCAGCCGUCAGUGUGUACAUCUGAACCCAAGGUGGACUUGCAGGGUUGCUACGUAGGAAAAUAAAACAAGAACUUUGGCCCACUUGCAGGUUCCAGUGUUUCAUAAGAGGACCAACUGACCACAAGGGAAGUGGUGCUGCUGCGCUUAUUGCUGUCAAGGCUGUGAUGGAACUGAAAGCCUCAGAAUGGAAGAGAAAAUGUGAACUAGCUGGAAUAUUUUUAAAUAAGAAAAAAUCUAUUGUGAAUAUUGUACAUAGUGCAGUACUAGCAACGUUGCAGUCUGCUUCUGCACCUUAUUAAGAAAGCACUUACAAAAGGCCUUUUAUUACCUUGCUCUACUUAAUGGCACAUUGAAGGUCCCUCCCCACCUGUAUUCUUUUCCAAGGCUAUUCUUGCUAAAGUGUCUCGAAAGAAUAGUGGAAAGGAAAGAAAGAUAAAACUUUCCUUGUGGAUUUCAUACAUUUUAAGACUGCUUUUCUCUUCUCGUGUUUGUUUUCUAAUCUGCUAUGCUUGAAUGCCGCGUGGUACAAUAGGGAAAAAAAAAACUAUUACAGAGAUGUUAUGCAAAUUCCCAGAUUUAAAAAAAAAGAAUACUCUAAUUCUAACCAGAGCAAGCUUUUUUAUUUUUUAUACAGGGGAAUAUUUUAUUCAAAAUAAAAUUCUAAAGUGAAUAUAAUUUUUUUUAAUCUUUUCUACAGCAAAUUUAUAAUUUUAAGAUUCAAUCCUUGGUUAUCAGCAGUUAUUACAUCCUUGUGGCACAUUUUUUUUUAAUUUUGUAAAGGUGAAAUAGCUUUUAUGAGCUCAUGUAGCAAUCAGAUUAUCCUGUGGAUUGAUAAUAAAUAUGGUAUAUAGUUAAAUUUUUAAUAA